AUGGGCUCCUAUAAGUCAUGCCAAGCCCGCGCUGGCAGCGGUGGCAGUUGCAGCUCAACAGAUACUGAUGCCUCGGUGCAUUCAAAAAGCACUGCACCCACGGUGAUCAGUGCUCAUACAACCUGCACAAUAAAGCAGCAGGACUGGCCAGAAUUCGAGGAUGAUGGCCCGCGCGACUCCGUUUCAACAUAUGCAUCCACCACUCGAUCCCUGGCCGAUCCCCCCAAAGAGCCUCUCUAUGAAGUCAAUGAGCGACAGGAGACAUUCCCAACAGAUGCACUCGCAACCACACCCUCUUCAUUCGCAGGCCUAUUCCCCUCAUCUAGACGUCUCCUGAUUCGCCACGACGAUGCCACCAUAGACGGCAACAUGAACCUACGCGUCGACACCGUCGUCCCCCGUCGAGGCGGCUAUCAACAAGACGUAACCCUCUUCCACCUCCGCAUGCACGACCUGUUCUCCCGAAAGUUCUCUCUCCGCCGCUACUGCCGCGAUUCAGGCCGAGAAGUAUUCCACUCCUCCCGAAAAGAAAUCUCUCCACCAAGUGCAACCGACCCCCGCCCCAUCCUCCGCCGCUCAUGGAGUAGUGUUCUCGCCAGUCUCCGCCCAAUCUCAACACCCCACGCCCCCACCGAACCAACCCUCCAGCACCAAACCUCAUCAUGCUCAGCAAGCUCCGAACCCUGCGAAGAAGAGGAAUGCAAAAGCGACAGAAAACUAUCCGACUCAAUCCUCCUCGAAUUCUCCAAUUACGCUCACGUAGAACUUAAACGUCGCGGCCCGGGAACUGCAAAGCGAUACGAAUUUGAAUACUGGUCAACGAAAUAUCAAUGGCGUCGCGAAUUCCGCAAGGAAGGCGAUCUUCGCGAAGUCUCAUACUACCUAAUCGACACCCGCACAUCCCGCACAAUCGCCCACCUAGUUCCUGAAAUCCUCACCCCACUCGAAGCAGUCGAGGAAGAGAGUAAAGGUGGCUGGGUCCCACCGUGCUCAAUGUGGAUCAAUGAUACCUCCGUGUACGAGCGGAUGCCCGACGUUGCCGACGUAAUCGUCGCAACGGGGCUAGUGUCUCUCGUGGACGAUUAUAUUCGUCGACGCUGGCAUGGCGCCCGUCGCGUUCCAUGGAUCUCCCCCGCACGUUCCUCUAUCUCAAAGGGACUUGAGACGGCGCGCUUGGGCCCACGUCGUCUGAUCGGCGAGGUAAUGCAGCGCAGAGGAUCCGCGUAA